AUGGCUUCGCUGACGAAGAACUUAACAAACUUGACGCCGAACAUCAGAAAAGCGGUAGUUUCCUGGGACAAGGCUGCAAGAAUCCAAAGAAAUGAAGAAAUUUUCAAAAAUCCGGAUUCUGUUGUUCAUCGGCUUCCUGAACAUUAUAAGCAAAGAUAUUGGGAAAAUAUACUUGCAGAUCGUGAGCCUGUGCAUUACAGGUUUGUGUUUCAUUUUUAUUUUUAUUUCACAAAAAUCGUUCUGCUUUGUUUAGAAUUCCAACAACACGUUUUGCAUGGGAUUCAAUGAAACAAAUAGAACUUGAAGUUGAAGAUAAUCCAAUAGUUGGAAUUCAUCCUCCAGAAGCUGAUCAAGGACUUUGGGGUGGCGAAAGAAUUGUGAAAGGAUGGAUUGAAUCAGCGCCUUAUACUAAAAAGAAGGUUCUUCCAAGAUAUUGGGUUCCAAAACUAUUUUUCCCAACACUCAAAAGUGUUGUUUUAUAUUCUGAAAUUCUAGACAAAUAUAUUAAAGUGACAGUUACGGAAAGAGCAAUGAGAUUGAUUGAUAAUCAUUUUGGUUUGGAUUAUUAUAUUUUGCAAACAAAUGAAUUGAAUUUGGAUUCGAAGUUUGCGAAUAAUCUUAAAAGAGAAAUGCUUCUAAUUCUUGCGGAACAAUCUUAUUAUCCAGAAGACGAAGAAAAACAUGAUUAUAUUAAAGAAAAGUAAGUAUAUCUGCACAAAAAAUAGAUUCAAUGAAUUCAAUUUCAGAUACGCUGAAUUUGUUAUCCCUGCUGAAGAAGCUGAAUGGAUUGGUUUGGAUUUGAAUGAAGCAGCCAGAAAACAACAAGAUAUUGAAGAUUCAACGCAACCAAUUCCACUCAAAUAUCGAUUGGAACAACAACUUGUUCGACGUCUUGUUGAUGGAACUGAUGAAAUAAGUAAAGAGCUCGAAAAUCCUGAAACUCCAGUGAAAUCCGAAAGUCAAUUCGGAGAGAAAAUGCUUGGAAAAUAUUUGAAUCCAAUUGGCCAGAAAUUGAGAAACGCCACAAGGUAA